AUGACGACCAAAAGUCAUACCGUUACCGACCCCGUUGGAAGUAGGGAAUCUGAACCAACACACGAAGCGGGCUGGGCAAAAUACAAAAUUAGUCCUAGGGUUUUACCAAAAAACCAGUUCGGAAAAUACCCAGUACCGAACAAUUCCGGGAUUUUCCAAAACCCAAAAUACGGGUUUUUUUCCAAUUCCAACAAAACACCAACCGGGAAUUUCAACUCCGAAAAUGACAGAGGAUUCAAAAAGGUCUCUCAACAUGUGUCACUGUCACUCCAAUGCUAUGGUAAUAGGGGAGUAGACAAACACAAAGUGUUACCGACGUUGGAGUCGUUGUAA